UUGUCUGGUUUCCCCUCCUCUUUCUUCUUUGUUUUUCACUCUUACUGCAUCUUCUUAGCUUCCUCUGAAGGGCUUUAGGUCUCACAAUUAAUCUAAAAUUAGCAUCUUUCGUUCCUUUGAACAACAAUUUGUUUUAUGGAAAUGAGUAGGAUGCCAAACUGAACUGCAAUUUGUUGGCUGGUGAUGAUUAUAAUAUGGUGCAUAAAUGUACUUCACUUUUCAGAAGAUUGCACUUUCUCGCCCCUAAUUCUUCCUCUACUCCUGCCGGUAUUGGGAGGCCUGUUGUAAGAUCUCUUGGUGAUUCCCUUUAUUCUACUGUUAAUCAAGUUGGCUGUCACAGUCGCUAUGAGAAGAUUGGCAAAGUAAAACUAGCUCAGGACCUAGCCGGUUUGGUUCAAGAAUGUUCGGACCUGGAGAAGAAUAAUAAUCCCAAAGUAUCUAAAAACUUGGUGCCUAUGGUUGAGAAGUCAAUCGAUGUUGAGGAUAAGAAACAUGGAGUGUCGUUGGCGCAGAACUUAGCCAGCUUGGUGGAAGAGUCUUAUAAUCUUGAUGAAAGUAAACUCGUGAAUCGGGUGGAGCAUAAAAGAUUACUUGAAGUACGCAUAAAAAAAAGAGUUAAGGAACAGUAUGUAAAUGGGAAGUUUCAGAACCUCAUAAAGAAAGUGAUUGCCAAUCCAAAAACACUUCGUGAUGCUUUUGAUAGUAUGCGGUUGAGUUCCAAUGUGGAUCUAGCAUCGGAUAGUGAGAAUUUGCCUUUUGAAGCCAUGGCUGAAGAGCUUUCUUGUGGGAAUUUUGAUGUGAGUGCUAACACAUAUUCAAUCUCAUCAAGGGGCUCAAAGAAAGAAGUCCUUGUUUUUCCAAAUGUUAAACUCAAAGUUGUUGAGGAAGCAAUCAGAAUAGUAAUAGAAGUUGUCUACCGACCUCACUUUUCGAAGAUAUCACAUGGUUGCCGUAGUGGAAGGAACCAUUUAUCUGCUCUUAAAUACAUUCGCAAAGAGAUAAUUAAUCCCAAGUGGUGGUUCACCCUGCCAGUUUGCAAAAAGCUUGACGAUUGUAUCCUAGCUAAGCUCUUUACAGUCAUGGAAGAUAAGAUAGAUGAUCCUUUCCUAUAUGCACUACUGUCUAGUAUGUUUGACUGUGGGGUAAUGAAUUUAGAAUUUGGGGGUUUUCCAAAAGGACAUGGUCUCCCACAAGAAGGAGUGUUGUCUCCAAUUUUGAUGAACAUAUAUCUUGACCUUUUUGACCAUGAAAUGUACAGGUUGUCAAUGAGAUAUGAAGCUAUUGAUAAAGGAUCAAGCGCUGAAGAAGGUAUGACCAACUCCAUGCUACGCAGUUGGUUUAGGAGACAGAUAUCUGGUAAUGGUUCUCAAGAAUGCAAUGAUAUGGGCAACUCUGGAAUUAGGGUGCAUUGUUGUCGCUUCAUGGAUGAGAUUCUUAUUGCCAUCUCUGGUCCCAAAGAGGUGGCUGUUGCCAUUAAGUCUGAAACUGAAAAUUACUUUAAAAAUUCUCUUCAUUUAGAAUUUGAAAAUGAAAUAGAUGUUUUUCCAUGUGAUGGGCCUACUGGCAUUCGCUUUUCGGGCAGCGUGGUUAAAAGAAGCCUGAAAGAGAGUCCAGCUGUAAAGGCUGUUCACAAAUUGAAGGAAAAGGUAAAAUUAUUUGCUUUGCAGAAAGAGCACUCGUGGGAUAUCGGGACAGCAAGAAUUGGCAAGAAAUGGCUGGCUCAUGGGCUGAAGAAGGUAAAAGAAUCAGAGAUUAAGCAUCUCUCUGAUGGUAGCUCCCUUUUGAGCCGAAUCUCGUGUUUUAGAAAAGAUGGGAUGGAAACUGAUCAUUGGUACAAAGUCUUGCUAAAAGUUUGGAUGCAAAAUAAAAAUGUUAACUGUGAAAAGAAUGAGGAUGAUAUCUUAUCUAAGCAUAUCGUUGAACCAGCUCUCCCUCAAGAUCUAAGAGAUUCGUACUAUGAGUUUCAAAAGCGUGUUCAGGAAUAUAUAUCUUCUGAGACAGCUUCAACUCUUGAACUGUUGCCAAACUCCAACUCUUCAACAUUAGUGACACAGAUCCUAGCUCCAAUCAGCAUCAUAAAGAAGCGUCUUUUUCGAUAUGGAUUGGCAAACUCUGAAGGAUAUCCCCGUCCAUGUCAUCUACUAGUUUUUUGGGACGACAAUGAAAUCAUUGACUGGUAUUCAGGUUUAAUUUGCCGGUGGCUGAGAUGGUACAUUGAGUGUGACAACUUUAAUGAGGUAAAGCUCAUUAUUUGCAAUCAAGUAAGGAUGUCUUGCAUCAGAACUCUGGCAAUAAAGUAUAGGAUACAUGAGACUGAGAUAGAGAAGAAAUUCGAUUUUGAAUUAAGCAGAAUACCUGCAACUGAAGAUAUUGAGCUUGAUAUAACCAAUGAAGCAACAAAUUCUGAAGGUUUUGAUGAUGAUGCCUUAAUGUAUGGAAUAACAUACAGUGGAAUAUGUUUAUUUUCUUUAGCAAGAAUGGUCAGUCUGUCACGUCCUUGCAAUUGCUUUGUUAUAGGAUGCACGGCUGCAGCUCCUCGUGUGUACACUCUUCAUGUGAUGGAAAGACAAAGAUUCCCUGGUUGGAAGACUGGAUUUGCUAGUUGCAUCCAUCCUAGUUUACAUGGAAGGCGACUUGGGUUGUGUAAACAUCAUCUGAAGGAUCUUCUUCUCGGGCACAUUUCGCUUCAAUCUAUUAAUUUCGGUGCUUGGAGAUGAAACAACUUUCCCUGCUGCUGAGUGGUAAAUCUAUUGCAUAGAUGGAUUGGAGAAGACAGAAAGAUGGAGAAACCAUGCAAUCUUUUUCAAGUUCUGGUUUUGUUGUCUAUCUGUGAUUAAAGUAAUCCAUCAUUAUCAUGGGAGUCUGAAACGUUUUGACUUCGGAAAUGUGGAGAUCAUGUCUUCAAAUUCGCUGCGGCAAAUCAUGCUAAAAGCUCAAAGUUUCUUAGGUAGCUGCUUUGAAGAUUCUAUGGAAGUUGUAUGCAACAGCCUGAUACUGAAAAAGUGAGAUAGUCCAAAGAAACUCAUGUGAAGGUCAUCCAUCUUGAUAGGACGGUAUAAUCUCACUUCAAAUGAAAGACUCAAGGAAUGCUUCUAAAAAUUAACAAUAGAAAAAAAGGGGAUGCCUCUAACACUUGUGAUUCUCCAGUGAGUGCAGGGACAUGUAGGUAAAAGGUAGUGCGGCAGGCAGCGUGAUUAGACUAAAGCAUCAGCCAGUUUCACUAUGGUGUUACAAUACCCCGUCUCUUCCCACUAGUGGAAUGCUAUUUUCUGAACUCUAUGAAGCUCUAUGAGUCUUUUUUCAGGUCAUCAGGCUGAUACAAAUGCAAAGGCGGCCUCUUUAUUGGAGGUUAUUGCAAGCCAGAGGCUCAUUGCUACCACCGAAAGAGACGCCAAAUGCGUUAACUUAAAGAUCGGAGUACCCAGCAAAACAUGUCUGAUAGCUUUUUCUUUCCUUGGUUGAAAUUCAGAACAAGGCAGGUAAAUGAAUCACAAUGUAAUCCGGACAUAAAUAUCUCUCAAACUUACGCGAGGCCCAAGACAUCAUAGUGCGUUCAGGGUCCUGGCCAAUCCCAUUUACCAACCUAUCCUGUAACAUAUUCGUAUGCUCAAGCAUUAAGGUCCACUUCUCUUGAGCGCCCCUGCUACGGCCUUGUUCUAUUCCUCUUUACUAAUGAAGAUCUCGCUCCUACACUUUAUGCUGCAACUGGGAGGCUUUUAUGCUUCAAGAGGAUCAUUUGUAUGACAAAGUACAUAAUCAUGGGGAUGAAGUUGGUUCUCAAGAAGGGCGUGAAUUGAUUCAAGAAAUAGAGAAAGAUGUUAUUGACCAAACAUUAUGUGGAUCAAGUGGUGGAUUGUUUUUGUGAAGAUGGUCUACAGAUGCAACUCAAAAAAGGUUGAUGAAAUAUUAAUGGACUAGAAUUGUAUACUUCAUAUCAUAUUUUGGUAUCUUUUGAGAUAAAGUUUUGAAGAAAAGCAAGAAAGCCACUACCAUAGGAUUCUUUUGAUUUUUCAAUUUAGUUUACAACUUUUUUUGUAUCACUAUAAGUAGCUUUUAAGCUCAAAUUACUCAGAUUAAUUUUGCCUCAUAUAUUUAUAAAGAGGUUAAUUUUUUCCUGUCUGACA